AUGUCGCAAAAUAAAAUAAAGUUAAGAGGGAAAAAAGAAGCACGCGAAUUGAUGAAUUUAAUUACAACACGCAUUACAAACGCACACGCGUUUCCUUGCACAGGUAAGGUGAACCUGAUGGGGUCGUACGGUUGCGAGGUGUCGUCGGAGGGUCCGAGCUUCCUCACGAUCUACGGCGAGGCGAACAUGAGCGUGGCCAUACCGCCGAAGGAACGACCCAGCCUGCGCGGGCUCCGGCCGUCUUACGAGGCGGGCGAGACACUCCAAGCGGAAUGCAGCUCCGCGGCCAGCUACCCUCCAGCACGGCUUGUCUUUAUCCUCAACGGGAAAGAGGUGAACCAAGUGUUGACCAGGGAAUUGCCAAGCUCGAGCUCCUCGGAGGAUAGCAUGGUGUCCUCGACGCGACUAGGGCUGACUCUGCGCCUCGAACGACAGCAUUUCCCCGGAGGAACCUUGACUCUCGGUUGUCAGUCCAUUUUGCCGGGGAUCGUGGAUACGAAGGCGCUCGAGAGGACGGAAACCGCAACGCUGGCUGCCAGCAAUCAACGACUGGCGCAAGAACCACCCACAUCCGGAUGCAUAGUCAACCUUCCAUCCUCCCUGAUAGCCACCGUCUGCUGUUUCUUACUACCACGGUCGUUUAAUUACGUACACCAUAAAUGUUCUACUACCAAAUUCCCAUGCCGAGUGUACAGAAUUUCUGUUUCUGCUGGGUCGUCAAUCUUCGUUGGCAGCAGCACGGAUCGUCCGCGUGAAAACUAUCUCGGAGCGUGAGGAUCGCGGCUGCUGGCCGAUAACAGGACCAGGCGGGAUAAAAGCGAUUAGAGAUGGCGAAAGGGGAGGAACGAUUUAG